AUAUUUGCAGACGAAUUUAGGUUUAUGACUUUCAAAGUUACUUAUGAAGUUAUGUCUAUAGUCUAGUCGAUAUUAUGACUUUUGAGAUUUAAAAAUCAUGGAAAUGAAAUGUAUCUACUUUAUGACCACGAACAAAAACAACUGCUUAACCUUUCGCAUACUAGCAACAAGAAAAUGGACAGAAAGUCAAGAAGAAAUGCUUCAAAUACAAGACGGAGUAUUACUAGUAGUAUUACUCUUAGAAAAAAUGACACAAACCUUCACAAGAACACGAAGAAGGGAUAUUAUGAUAGAGAAUUGUCACUUUUCUUGUCGUUCCCUAACUGGAGUAAGGAUGGAUUGUUUGAACUAAAAAUAUUGAAUCAGCCAGAAGAGCAACAUCGGGCACGUUAUUUGACUGAAGGAAACAGAGGGCCAGUUAAAGAUAUACGUGGAAUAGGGUAUCCAGAAGUUAAGCUAUUUGGCUGCCAGCAAACAGUGAAUUUACAAAUUUUCAUUGGCACUGAUCAUGGAAAAAUUCAGCCUCAUAUGUAUUAUCAAGCUGUUAGAGUUGCAGGAAAAAGUGCCACUUCAUGUAUUCAAUGGAAAAUUGAAGGCACAAGUGUAUUGGAAACACAGAUGACACCAAAAAAUGACAUGACUGUUUGCUGUGAUUUUAUUGGUAUCCUAAAAGAGAGAAAUGUUGAUGUUGAGAAACGAUUUGGUCUGUUGAGUAAAGAAAAACUCUCUUGCUGUAAAAAACGAAGCACAAAUUGUCGUUUAGUCUUUCGUGCCAUCAUUCCAUCAUCAUGUGGAUCUGUAGAGAUUCUACAAGUUUCUUCAAAGCCUAUAUUAUGUACCCAGCCUUUUGGUGUUCCUGAAAUCCUAAAAACAUCAAUAUCUGAAUGUUUUGUUGAAGGAAAUGUUGAACUUUUUAUUAUUGGGAAAAACUUUCUGAAAGAUACACAUUUGAUUUUUUGGGAGCAAAAUGAAGAUGAUGAAACUAGUCCUGUUAUUUGGGAGAAGAAAAUAAUGCCAGAGCAAGACUAUCUUCAUCAUACUCAUCUUGUGUGCACCGUUCCACCUUACAGGCUGAGAUCCAUUGAAGAACCAGUCAUGGUGCAGGUAUUUGUGAAAAGUGGGGGUAAAACAAGUGAUCCCCACUUUUUCACAUAUUUACCUUAUCCUAAAGAACUUGAAUGCAGUUAUGAAACCCAAGGAAAUGAGUACAUACAAGGGGAUGUUACUUCAGUGUUAAAGGUUAAUGGGUCAAAUGGCAGUGAUCCAGCUUUAGUUCAACUUCCUGUGAUGUCACAGACUACUCCACAUCAACCUGUACCUUUCAUACCCACUUUAAUUCUACCCAGUUAUGGCUGCCAAGUUGUUAGUUCUGACAUAAAUACCAAAUUAUCAGGUGGGUGUUAUGUCACCCUUCCUGAAAGAACUAAUACUAGUUCUAUAGAGUUGAUCCUGCAUCAGAAACGUGCACAGGGAUUGCUUGGUAAUUCAGACAGUUUCAAGCUGCAUGAGAAAGAAGACAAGAAUGAAAACAAUUUCUUAAAGAAAACAAAAAAGUCGAUGAGACGCCUGAAAAUAUCCGAUAAUGAUCUGAAAGCUAAAAGGAUAAAAACAGCACACAGCAGAGUGGUGGGAGCUAAUCAGUAUUUGGAAAAACUUAGCAUGAAUUGUUCUGACAGUUGUUUUGAGAGUGGCUCAGUCUCUUCUGGUCAGAGUGAAUGUCCCUUCGAACAAGAUCUUCCAAUACAUUUAUAUCAAACUUCAGAUUCCCAGAGCCAGUGGUCAAAGGAAAAAUCUAUUGAAGAUAAAGCAUAUGAUGUGCUUACACGUUUAGAAUUCACAGAAGUUUCUCAGAAAGAUGUGGCUACAGAUAGUUGUAGUGAUCAGAAUGAAAAUUCUUUAAGACAACAACCUCAAGCAUUCUUAAAUCAUUUUAUUGAAGAAUCAGAUCCUCUAAACCAAUGGUCAGGUGUGGAGUCUGUUGAAAGCAGAGGUGAUGCCUCAUUGCACUCAACAGUCAGAGAAACAUCUCAGAUAGGCAAUAAUGGUAAUAACUGGAGUCAUAAAAUUUCUAUUGGAACUACAGAGUUGUAUGAACCUUCGUCUUCUAUGGUAUGUGACCAGCAGUUUGAUUACUCCAACAAUCACUGUAGUUCAGUAGAAAAUACAAUUCUUCACAAGACAGGAAAUGUAGUGGGAGAAAAUAAAAUGGUAGAACUGAAUGGACGUGAUGUUUCAGAAUAUUUUGCUGAACAAGAUGUUUCAUUUACAAAGCCUGAGGUGAAUUUAACUACUGUACUCCAGCAUGAUAACAGUGUUGGUAAAAGUAAUUUAAAGUCACAGUUGACUAAUAAAUAUGAUCCAUGUUUUACUGAAAGAAGAGAAACAGAGGAACAGGACAGAGAACCACAUAUCUUGAAAUCUUCACAACAAAUUGAAAAUUCAUUUUCAGAAGCCUUUCUACAAAACCUGGAAAAUUGUUAUGAUAAUUAUUCUCAGUCUUGUAAUGAAGCAAAUACUGUUGAUUCAGAAGAAAAGCAAUGUUUUCUUUCUUUUAGAGAUGAAAAUUAUCACAGUGUGAGUUCAACAAAUUUCAACACAAUUUCAUCAGCUGGCUUGACUGAAAACCACUCGAAGUGGGAUUCACAAGAAAAGGUAACUUCUUCUUCCAUGUUGCCUACAUCCACUACGUCAGCAGUUGAACAUCAAGCAUUGGGACUGGAUAUUUUAGCGAAUAUUCCUUUUGAUUCUUAUGAAGAGUCACAAACAUUACAGAGUUUUGAGCCUUAUGAUAGUAUGUCAUCUUCUUUUGCAUCUUCAGGCAUAGAUCCAGACUCUCCUACAGUAAUAUCUCAGGAUAUAUCUGAAUCUCACACUACAUCUUGUUUUGAAAGUAAACCAUUAGUCUCACCAAGUAAUAAACCAGUGUUUCUAAAGUAUACCAUUGCCCCUAGCAAGAACUUGGCAACUACUCCUGUUAUAUUUAUUCAUCCUAAGAAUCUCUCUGAAACACAGUGCGAGUCAACAUUAUUUGAUGCAUCUGCUUCAUUUAAAUCACUACCAUCUUUACAAGUUAGCACAUCUAAACCUGAGACUGUCACCUCUCUUGCUUCUGAUUUAUUUAAUAUGCAUUCAGCUUUAAAGUCCAAUAGAAGCAUUCCUCUUACAUCUGAUGAAGGCUCAGCAGCACAAUACAUAGCAUCCAUAGAUAAUACAACUGAAUCCAUUGUCUGUCUAUCUCAACCAACUGGACAGUUAAAUACAACAUGUGACACUAGAUCUGUAAAACAAAGACUAAACCCUAAAUCCAUACUACCAGUAAUAAUUAAUACCACCUUAGCCUAUACUGCAGCAGUAAGUGACAUCUCUAUCAACAACAACGUGUAUGGAGUUAGUGUGGAAUUUCCUACUCCCUUGAUAGCAAAUCAUGCUGACCCUUCCUGCAUUAUGCCUCCUGUUGUUUCUGAUUCUGUAAAUCUGGAAACAGAAGUACUGCAAACAGCUAACCAAGUUACUGAUUUCAAUUGUCAAGAUGAGCCUAAGUGUAUUUCUGGUUUUCAGGCUUGUACUGUGAAACAGGCUAGCAAUCAAACUCAAGUAAACAUGCAGUCAAACAAAUGUCACUUGUUGCAGAAUUGUACACAUAAUCUUCUGGAAUCCAUAAUGAAAGCCUUGAAGCCUUUUGAUCCAAAGGUACUUAAUGUAGCUGCUGAACUGAUGAAGCUUUUGUCCGCAAGUGUACACAGACAAGAUAAUUCCAUAGCACCGCUGCAAAUACAGAACCAGAAUAAUAUUACAGAAGUUGAUGUCACCAUGACACAAAAUGAACGUAACCAGAAUAAUUCCUCAGAAGUUGAUGUCAAAAUGGUACAGAACAUUCACAACCAGAGUAAUUAUACAGAAGUUGAUCUCACAUUGACACAAAACACUUAUGACCAAAAUAAUUCUAAGGCAGUUAACAUUGCAGUAGCAAAUGAAGAAUUAUUGAUUGAUUCUUCUUUGAGUGGCCAGAUAAAGGGUAGAAACUUGAACUCUUCAACUUCUUUCCAGGAAGCUGUUGACCAAUUUCAGCUGAACACCACUUCACACACUAGUUCCUGCUCAAAUGGACAGAUGGAGCUCUGUACAUUUAACUCUGUAUGUAAUACCCAAGAAGAACAAUCAACUGUCCUCUCUCAACUAGUUGGACCUAAGAGCAUUAGCAAACUAUCUCUACCUUCUGACCUUGCUGAAAAGAGCUAACUUUUGUCUUAAAGAUUUGUGCCAACAAGACCAAAUAGCAGUUCAAGCAAACAAGAAGGAAUUAUAUGCCAAAAAUGAACUUUCUCACUAGUAUUAAGUUUAAACUAAAAUAUGUAUAUAGUGGUAAUACAUUGUGAACUUAUAUCAGAAAAUUAUUAUAUGAAAUAGCUUUAACUUUUAUUCAUUUAUUGUUUUUUUUUCUGAGAGCUAAAGUCCAGUACAUCUCUUCUUUAUCACCUGUGAAAGUUAUCAUUGCACAAUUGGUCAGUUUCUUCAUAAACCAUCUAUCUGUUGUUGUUUUUCUUGCCACAUAAUAUAAUGUGUUUACACUGUUUAAUGUUUUCUAACCCUCAAUGUCUACUUAAAACUGUUACUGAUUAAAGAAUAAUAAAAAUCAUAUUGUGUGUCU